UUUACAAGCAAGUUUUGAAGUUUUAUGUUCCGUUAAAGUUUUAUAGUAAAGCUGAAAUUGUAUUUUGGUACUAUAAGUAAUCAUUAUCACAAUAAAUAGUUUAGUUUUAAUAGCAUAAAUUAGCUGAAUAAUCUAAAAUACAAUUAUAUAAAAUGGACAUAGAAGACCUUACAUUAGAGGAAAAAUGCGAAAAUCUUAUGAAUGUGGUCGUCGAGUCUCGUAAAAGAUUUAGCAAGAUGUGUGUAGAAUAUGAACAAAAAAGUUCGAUUAUGGAAAACAAAAUGCUCAAUUUGCAAUUGGAAUCUUUAUCUAAAGCAAGAUUUAAGUCAAAACAUACUGUUCCCAACUUGGAUGUGGAUAGUAUGAAGAAAGAAGUCGAUGAUUUCACCAACGACAUUCAAGAAAGACAACAGAGAAUUGAAAAAUUGUACAAAAGCUUGAGAAAUACAGAACAAAUAGUUCUACAACUUAAAGAAGAUAAAAUUGGUAUGAAACUAAAGCAACCAUUAACUGCUGAGUCUAGGAUAACCAUUACUAAAAGUCAUAAAUCAAAAUAAAAGUGAGUUUAUAUAAAUAUAUACUUGUCAUAUAUACUAGCCACAUUCACAUCUUUAUAACAAUACUUAAGUUAACCCAUUAGAUAGUUUUCUUUAUAGUGAUCAAAUAAAUAAUGUACUUUAAAAAGGUACCGAAUGCUUGCAGUGAUCAAAUCUUGUCGGUAUGUACUUUUGUAUACCAUGUUACAAUGUUCUAAAGAUAUAUUCUAGUUAAUAUAAGAAAAUCUAAAAGCAUACAUGACGGAAGAAAAGUAAUUACAGGCAAUAUCAUACAAAUUUAAAUAGAAUCUAAGUUUAUGUAGAUGGAUGGUUGUUUGUUAGAGUUUGUAGUGUGGCUGAACAGAU